AUGAUGACCCAUGGGGAUAACCUUCCAUGGGAGUUGACUGAAGAGAUACUCUCUUGUGUCCCUCCUAAAUCUCUAGUUCGUUUCAGAGCCGUAUCGAAACAAUGGAACGCUCUCUUCCACGACAAGACGUUCAUCAACAACCACAAGUCGACGUUUCGAUUCAUCUUGAAGACCAAAUCCAAGAUCUACUCGGUAAGCAUCGAUCCAAAGAUUGUGGUCCGUGAGUUAACCUUGGACAUUCCCGGUUUAGAAUCUCAAAUACCUAACGACGUAGUUGAUUGCGAUGCGUUCUUGCUAUGUGGCAUGGACAAAGGAGCCGCGGUUUGGAACCCGUGGUUAAAUCGAGCUACAUGGUUCGAGGCUGAGGUUAGCCAACCUAAAUUAAGAAUAGAUGGUAUAGGUUAUGAUAGCAAUAAGAGGUCUCAUGAAAAUGUUUACAAGACCGUUUGGUAUCGUCCAAGGAUAUCAGUGUUAGAACACACCACGUGGAAAAUCCAUGACUAUGCCUCCGAUGCAUGGAAUGAGGUCGUGUCGGAAUCUGGUGGUGGAGACGAGCAGGGAAGAAAACGUCCUACGUUGCAUUCCAAAAGCAGUGUAUCGUUGAAUGGAACUUUGUAUUGGGUUACAUAUGUUGAGGAGACUGAUCCGGCCUCGUACUUCCUAAGUAAGCUUGAUCUUUCGACAGAAAAAUUCUUAAGAUUUUGUGAUCUACCAUUUGGUAUGAACCAUCCUCGCAAUGCUCUUGUGCUUAGGGUCUUUAAAGGAGACCGGUUUUCGUUGUUAACGCAAUGUUACGUGACGAAGAAGAUUGAGGUUUGGGUGACCAAGAACAAGAUUAACCAUGAGGAUGAUGUGGUUUGGAUGAGUUUAAUGACUUUUUCAGAUCCUGACUUGCCGAGUUUAGUAGAGACCAUAUCCUACUCUCAGCCAAGUUACUUCGUUGAUGAUAAAAGGCUUGUCGUGUGUUCUUGCGAUGAAAAUGGUCGGGCUUGGGUCUAUGUUAUGGGGGAAAAUAAGUUGAUCAGCAAAACCCGAAUAGAUUCUGUGGUUGAUAAAUGGCCUACGCAUUGCACCUAUUUUCCUAGUUUGGCGCCCAUUCCUCGAAGUCAAAGACAGAAGAGAAAAAGAGAUGAAUCAGAAGAAGAAGCUUAA